AUGGGAAGAGUUCGCUUGUUCCGUGGCUUGGCGACGGCAGCGAUUCGAUGCGCCGCACCAGCAUUCGCUCCUUCGGCAGCGCAGCCCGAUCAGCAGGCGGCCGCGCUGGUGUCCGCGCUGAAGGUAUGUGUUUGCGCAAGGGCAAGGCGAUCCACGCCCAGGCGGCGGAGAGCAAGCAGCUGGGGAUCCAUGUCGUCAAUGCGCUGGUGGACAUGUACACAAAAUGCGGCAGCAUGGAGGGAUUCCCGCCGCGUGUUCGACAGCAUUCUUCACCCAAACGUGAUGUCCUGGAACGUUUUGAUGCUGGGCUACAAUGGCGAGAGCGAUGUGGCUCUGGAUCUCUUCGAGAGGAUGCAAGCCAGGCGGUCGGGCUGCAAGCCAAACUCCAGGAGCUUCAUGGCCGCGUCGAGCAGCCUCGCGGCGAAGGAGGUCGCUGUUUUGGUCGAUGGGAAGCUCGUCAAGGAGGCUAGUCUCGAGACCGGCAGAGGCAUCCAUUUGCAAGCCAAGCAGAUAGUACCAUCUUGCAGCGAAGACGUUUUCCUCUCGAGCUCGCUGAUCGAUAUGUACUCCAAGUGCGGCAGCAUGCUCGAUGCUCGAUCGGUCUUCGAUGAGAUGCCACGACGAGACGUGGUCUCCUGGAACGCUUUGAUACUGGGCUACGUAGAGAAUGGAGAAAGCGAGGUCGCUCUCGAGUUCUAUGGGAAGAUGAACUGCUCGCCAAACUCUCGGACUUUCGUUGCUGCUGCCAUGGCCUGUGCGAAUCUAGCAGUGAAAGAGGAGGCCACUCAAGGAGAUGGAAAGAUGGUGAAGACGAAGAGCCUGGAGAAGGGGCUCGCUGUUCACGAUGGAGCUGUGAAAAGCCACUGCUGUGGAGAUCUUUUCGUGGGGAGCAGCCUCGUGGACAUGUACUCAAAGUGUGGGAGCAUGGUCGACGCGCGGAUGGUUUUCGAGAGCAUGCCUCGCCGUGAUGUCGUGCUCUGGACGAGCUUGAUACAAGGCUUUGUGGACAACGGGGAAAGCGAGCUGGCUCUCGUGUUCUUCGAAGAUAUGAAGCUAUCCGGGUGCUGUCCAAACUCUCGAACGUAUGUUGCUGCGCUUGCCGCCUGUGCGAGCUCGGCAAUGCGAGAGGAAGUGGUGGAUGUCGACGGGAAACUCGUGAAGAGAAAGAGCUUGGAAACUGGGCUGGCUAUCCACGGUGAAGCUUCAAACAACAGGUGCUGUGAGGAUGUGUUCGUGGGGAACACACUGAUCGAUAUGUACGCGAAGUAUGGGAAGCUAGAGGAAGCUCGCAAGGUCUUCGAUGGCAUGGCUGGCGGAGACGUGGUUUCGUGGAACGCAAUGAUCCAGGGAUCUGCUGGAAGUGGAGACAGCAAGCUGGCCUUGGAGCUGGUCUUCGGCAUGGCUCGGGAGAACGAUCCGGACGAGAGAGCGUUUAUUGCUGCGCUCAUGAUCUGCGUCCACCUUUCAGCGUCCGAACAACCUGUUCCGCGAGAAGAUGGAAAGCUACUGCGAAUCCAGAGCCUAGAAAAGGGGAUGGAGAUUCAUUCUCUCGCCGCGAAGUUUGGAUGCUGUGAGCACAGAUUUGUCGGGAGCAGCUUGGUGGACAUGUAUGCCAAGUAUGGAGAUAUGGUCAAAGCUCGAGCAGUUUUCAAACGCAUGCCUAGCCGGGACGUUGUCGUUUGGACGAGUUUGAUACAGGGAUAUGUAAACAACGGUGAGAGUGAGCUCGGGCUGGAACUCUUGGAGAGCAUGGACUGUGCUCCAAACUCUCGGACUCUUGUAGCGGGACUUACGGCCUGUGGGAACGUUGGGUCCAGUGAAGCUGGAAGGAAAAUCCAGACUGAGGUUUACAGGCGUGGGCUGGAAGACGACCAUGUUGUGGGGACGUGCAUGGUAAACUUCUACGGGAGGUGCGGGGUUAUGAGUGCGGCCGAGCACUUGUUUGGAUCUCUGGCAGUCCGAGAAAUGCACUGA